UACGAGUCCUGAUUGCAUCCCAUCUGAUAUGGUUGUCCAUGAAUCAGAAUAUCAUCGGAAUCCCCCAAAGAGCAGGAUGGAGUCUGGCGGAAGGAAUCCAUGUUUUCACUUCACAGCUAUCGUCUCUCUGAUGGUGUAUCUAUGUUUCUUUGUCCCAUUGGCAUUUUGGUCCCCCUGUGAAGAUGUUGUUACACCAAACGAGCUUGGCAAAAAUGGCUCCCAUCAACAGAUAGAGGUUUGUCAAGAGAUCAAAUAUGGCAACGUGGAUCAUCACACGCAGAAAGCGCACCACUGGGACCAGAAGGGAAGAGUCCCCUACCCCAUAACCGAUCUGAACUACUUUUACGAUGACCUCCCAUCCGGAGAGCGAGCUCCGGGACACAUCGUGCGGGUGAACAGUCCUGCCAGGACAGUUUCAGUCCUGGAGCCCUUUGAUUCAGGAGGUUGCACCAAUCAUCACAGGGCCACUGUCGAUUCUACUGCAAAGCAGGAUAACUGCCUGGUGGCCGUCAAUGCUGGGUUCUUCAACCCGAGAAGCGGAGCAUGCUAUGGAAAUGUCGUGAGCAAUGGGAGGCUUGUCCAAACAAAUGGAGGAUUGCAGAAUGCCCAUUUGGGUAUCCGAGCUGAUGGGACACUUGUCUUUGGGUAUUUAUCAGAAGAAAAUGUAUUACAAACAGAGAAUCCAUUUAUCCAGCUGGUAGGAGGAGUCGGAUGGUUGCUAAGAGACGGUGAAAUAUAUGUAGAAGAGAGCAAGAAAGCAGAAUGUGGAGACACAGAGGAAGCAAGUAGUGUGGAUUUAUUCUUUAACAUGCUUUCAGCGAGAGUAGCUGUGGGCAGUGAUGAAAAGGGACGAUUAGUCAUUGCGGUUAUAGAUGGACAGACUCUGAAGAGGGGGCUGUCGUUGUUAUCCUUUGCGAAAUGGCUUCUUUCUCACGGAGUAACAAAUGCCAUUAAUUUUGACGGAGGUGGAUCGGCAACCUUUGUGGUUAACGGAACUAUUGUCAAUCACCCAUCCGAUCCUUGCCAUGACAUUACCUACCGAUGUCCCAGGCAAGUAUCCACCAUUUUCUGUGUCCAUGAGCCGAGAUGCGAUCCCAGAGACUGUAAUAACCAUGGCGACUGCAUCCAAGGAGAGUGCCGUUGCCAUGCCAACUGGCAUGGGGUGUCAUGUGACCAGCUCCAAUGUGGAGAUCAUAACUGCAGUGGGCAAGGCAUAUGUAAUAGAGAUGGAUGUCGUUGCGACGCGGGCUACUUGCCCCCAGACUGCACAAGGACUUGCCCCAGUGGUUGGUAUGGCCAGGAAUGUAGCUAUCAUUGUGACUGCGGUCACGGUGGGUCGUGUGAUCCGGUCAGCGGAGAAUGUGCUUGUCUUCCAGGCUACACUGGUACAAUUUGCCAAGAGUCUGGGGAGAGCAUUGCCAGCAGAAUCAUCCUAAAUGUAGGACUGGUUUCUGGCAAACAUCUCUUGGAGGACCAACUCCCGGUGCUUCUCAUCAUAGCGGUUGCCGUGGCGAUUGUCAGCAUCUUCUGCAACUUCAUCAGCUUGUGCUUUCGCUACUCCUGCACGUGCACCACCGUGCCGUGUGACAAUGGGUACAGCGUCCCAAGGAAACAUGUCCACCAAAAAAUAUCUACUAAACAAAUGGAUUUAUUUGAUGAAUUUAAAUCUAGUACUUAG